AUGCCUGUCCCGCUCGCACUCGCCCUGCCGGCUGCAGCCGCAGCUUAUUCGUACAUCAACGCUCGUAUUUCUUUGUGGUACGACACAAAGCUGCUCUCCUGUGCGCUGCCGGCAACCCUUUCCGCCCUGUGGCGCGAACGAACCGAUCGGCUCAACCAGUUCUAUGUGCUCGAACAGGCGGCGCUGAACAAAUCAUCCGCCGACCGCACGUUUAUCAUCUUCGAGGGCAAAACAUACACCUACCGCGAGACCUACGAGCAAGUCCUGAAAUAUGGCACCUGGUUGCGAGAACGCCACGGCGUCAAACCCAAGGACAUUGUCGCUAUCAACUUCCAAAACUCCGAUGUCUUCGUUUUCUUGUGGCUUGGCUUGUGGUCCAUCGGCGCAAAGCCAGCCUUCAUCAACUACAACUUGACAGGCAAACCGCUAGCACACUGUGCCAAGGCCGCGAAGACAAAGUUGAUGCUCAUUGACCCCAACGUCGCCGCCAACGUCACUGAAGAUGUGAGGAGAGAGCUGGAUUCCGUGCAGUUCGUGGUGCUCGAUGAGGGUUUGCAUAGAGAAAUCGACGCCAUUAAGCCCAGGCGUGCACCCGACUCUGACCGAUCCGAGAGCCAAUACCAGAACCUGGCAAUUCUGAUCUACACAUCGGGAACAACGGGCAUGCCAAAGCCAGCCAUCGUAUCCUGGGCGAAGUGCAUCGUCGGUGGUGUCUUCACCUCCCGGCUCACGAGCAACUCUCCCAAAGACGUCUUUUACACUUCUAUGCCUUUGUAUCACAGCUCCGCGGCCCUGCUAGGUUUCGGCAACACUCUCGAGGCGGGUGGCACAAUCUGCAUAGGAAGGAAAUUCUCGACCAAGCUUUUCUGGGAGGAAGUUCGCUCGUCCAAGUCUACCAUCAUCCAGUACGUCGGUGAGACUUGUAGAUAUCUGCUCGCAGCCCCCCCGCAAGUCGACCCCGUAACCGGCGAGAGUCUCGACAAGAAGCACAAUGUGCGGGUGGCUUUCGGCAACGGUCUGCGACCGGACGUUUGGAACAGAUUCAAGGAGAGGUUCGGCAUCGACACCAUAGCUGAGUUCUACGCUGCCACCGAAGGCUCGUUUGGAACUUGGAAUUUGAGCCGAAACGACUUCGCCAAGGGCGCUGUUGGACGAAAUGGCACACUUUACAGCCUUGUCAUGGGCCUUGAUGUCGCCCUCGCUGAGAUGGAUGCAGACAACGAAGAACCGUGGAGGGACAGGAAAACUGGUUUGUGCAGGCCUGCCAAGGCUGGUGAGCCAGGAGAGCUUAUGUUCAGACUCUCGCCUGACGACCUUGACCGUCGCUUCCAGGGUUAUUACGGCAAUCCUGACGCAACAAAGGCAAAGGUCUUGCGGAGCGUCUUCAAGAAAGGGGACGCCUGGUUCAGGACGGGCGAUGUGGUCCGCUGGGAUAGCGAAGGACGGCUCUACUUCACUGACCGCAUUGGUGACACAUUCCGCUGGAAGAGUGAGAAUGUGUCAACACAAGAGGUCGGCGAAGCCGUUGGAUCACAUCCAUUGGUUCAGGAGGCGAACGUGUACGGCGUCGAGUUGCCAAAUCACGACGGCCGCGCAGGGUGUGCCGCCGUCGUCCUCCAAGGCCAACCGUCCGAGGACGUGCUGAAAAGUAUUGCGCAGCAUGUGAAGCAGUCACUACCCAAGUAUGCUUUACCCAUCUUCCUACGAGUCAUGCCUCCUGAGGCUAUGCAGACGACCGGGACAAACAAGCAGCAAAAGCACGGUCUCCGAUCCCAGGGGGUCAGGCCGGGCGGCACCGACGCUGGAGAGGUGUACUGGCUGAAGAACAACACCUACGAGCCUUUUUCGGGGCGGGACUGGGAUGAACUCAACGGUGGGCGGGUGAAACUGUAG